CCGACUUUCAUCACGUUUUAUGAUUAAAGUUGAUCUAUGAAAUGUCCACGUUGAGAUCAAAGAGGGGAAGAAAAGCUUCCACUGGGUCAAAGCAGAGGGAACGGUCCGAGGUCGUGUGUGAACGCGUGGGCAGUAAAAGAGUCGCGUCAACUCCAGUUUCCUGGAACCGAACCAAGUGAGACCCGAGUCCCAGCUCAGACCAGAGGACGUGUCUCCACCACAUUUUCCAAAUAACUCAGUGUUUUCAGAGUUUGGCCUCCAUGAAAUAAAGCCUCCAGAAAAAGAAGCUCUCGAUCUUUCAUCGUCGGCUGAAACAUCUUGAAUUCAUUAUUAUUAUCUUUUCCAAAUCAUAUCUUUUCAAAGUCAGGUCCAACUUUGGGCUCAGCUUUGACGUCCGUGUAACGUGUCUGGGCUCCUUCAGGACCGAUGAUGUGGUUCCGACCCGGUUCUGUUCACGUGACGCCGCCUCACGUGAAAGCUCUUUCCUGCUGCCGUUGACGGACGCCUCCUCCAGCGCGUGCUCACUCUUAAAGUUUGAUCCAGGACGAAUGUUCACUGACUCAGUGCAGCUGAUGAGCUCACGGAGCGUUCAGCCGAGCCCGAACUCGGCCCGCUUGGGUUUGGAUCAUGUGCUCCUGCCAAGCGUACGUCCAGUUUCCAGUCCAACCCACAUAAAGUUAUUGGAGACACAUUUAACACGACUGUGGAGGAAGACGGCUCCUCCUGCAGCCAAGAUCACAUUCAGACACAUGAACUCAGGAGAAGUCAACAAAGUCGCACACACACGCGCGUUCAGGACUCAGAGACAGUGAAGCAGCAGGAGGUCGACGCUGCAGAGAAAAGCAGCUCUGGAAGUGAAGCCUGACACGACUGAAGCGGAGGAAAGCUGGAGAAAACAGAGUCCGAGUCCGAGUCCGAGUCAGAGUCAGAGCUUCUUUAGUUUGGGUUCUGGUCGGCAGCAACGUUACACUGUGAGGAGAAGCAAACAGGUCCAUAGAUGGACCUGAGCUACACUUCAGCGCUGGCUUCAGUCAGUGGUGACCUCUGAGUGACCUCUCUAUGGGGGUGGAGAGAGAGAAGCUGUUUCCCUGUGCUGUAAAAAGUGAAGGGGAAGAGAAGAGGAGGGGGCGGCGCUGCUCCCAUUCAGCCCCGACUGUAAAGAUCAUUUAGUGUCGACCCAGAUACCAGACCCAACACAGAGCCAGAGAGCCCAGCAGAGGAGAGGAAGCGAGGAGCCGAGGAGCCGAGGAGCCGAGGAGCUGAGGAGCCGAGGAGCUGAGGAACAAAGGAGCCAAGGAGCCAAGGACCUUAGGAGCCGAGGACACGAGGAGCCAAGGAGCCAAGGAGCCAAGGACCUUAGGAGCCUAGGAGCCAAGGACCUUAGGAGCCUAGGAGCCGAGGACACGAGGAGCCUAGGAGCCGAGGACACGAGGAGCCAAGGAGCGCAGGCAUGAACGACAUCAAGCUGGCGCUGCUGGGGAGCGAGGGAGCGGGGAAGUCAGCUGUGCUGGUGCGGUUCCUGACCAGACGCUUCAUCGGUGAAUACGCCUCCAGCACCAAUUCCUUGUACCACAAACGCCUGUCCAUCGACGGCAGGCAGCUCAACCUGGAGGUGUUGGACCCCUGCUCGCAGGGCUCCCGGGCCGGGUCCAUCCUGGAGGAACCGGUGGACUGGGCCGACGGCUUCGUGGUGGUUUACAACAUCAGCGACCGCACGUCCUUCCUCAACGCCCAGAACAUCCUGCGUCAGAUCCGAGAGGCCCGCGUGGACGGCAAAGGCCCGGAGGCGGCGCCGCCGAGGGAGAUGCCGGUCCCCGUGUGUCUGCUGGGGAACAAGCAGGACCUGUGCCACGUGCGGGAGGUGUGUGAGGACGAGGGCCGCUGCCUGGCGCAGCAGAACCGCUGCCUCUUCCAGGAGGUGUCGGCCGCAGAGAGCUACCAGGACAUCUCCAACCUCUUCACGCAGCUCAUCCGGCAGGUGAUGGAGCAGCUGAAGCACCGGGCCGAGCGGCGCCGCUACAGCGGCUCCAAGUCCAUGGCUAAACUCAUCAACAACGUGUUUGGCAAGAGGAGGAAGUCGGUGUGAAGGUCCGGGCGGCCCACGGGCCUGGUGGAGCCCGCGGGUCUGCAGCUACACAGUGGGUCCAGUGGGUCCAGUGGGUCCAGUGGGUCCAGUGGGUCCAGUGGGUCCAGUGGGUCCCUCCCUCUGCGAUCUCCUCCACGGGGUUCAGGGAGGCGUCACUUUCUUCACAGAGGUCACAAACCCGAAAGGUUGUGACCCAACGGGCUAGGAUUAGAUCUGGACACUGGUGUCAGAACCUCUCUGGACUCUGGACCGCAGGGCUCCGCUUGUCUCGAUUGAGUUCAAUGAGCUGCUCAGUGAAGCGGCGUCUAAUAAUUAAUCAACCCAUUUAAUGACUGAAAGCAACUGGACUGAACCCAACAGUGAGUCUAAAUGUUCCCACUGAGCAGGCGCCGACCCGGACUGAAAGCUGUUCUGCUGUGACCGGAGGCUUCGUUGGGUCGUUUCCUCAUCAGAACUGGAACGAAACGAAACCACAACUCGGAGGAAUGAGAGCAAUUAGCUGUUGAUUAGAGGAAGGUCCGGUCCAAAAGCACAGAACCAUCCGAUAUGAAGCCCUGCUAGUUUCCUUUAACAGCCAUUUGUUAUGUUGAGAAAAAGAGUUAGUUUGCUGAUGGGAGGUUGUUGUAGGUUUUGUAUCAUUAGACAGAACAUUCUCUGUUUAUCUGUGGCUCAGUUUCCUUCCUGAUCUUUAACUGACACAUUAUAGUAAAUGUAAUAAUUCCUGCAUUUAUUCUGAAUUAAACGCAUUUUUGCAGAUGAGCCUUUUACUUUUAAAGGAAACGAGCUUCAAGGACACGCCGCUCUGCUUGAAUGCGGUUCUGUCACCGUGACGUGGAGCAGGAGGAAUGGGCCACCUGCUGUGAGGAGCAGCUUCCACAGGAAAUGAAACCAGCGGAACAAAACGUACGCGUGGGUUUCAUCACAUGAGGAGUUUUCUCUGUAGAGCUGCCAGAAACACCAGUUAGAAACGUGCGCUCCCCCGAGCGUCCACUAGGUGGCAGCAAAUGCCCCCAUGAACUCUGAAGCUGGAAGCUGCUUCCCCUUAAAAUAUGACAGCAGAGCUGAGUCCAGUUGAACGUCCGGACGGAGACGUUUCCUGCUCACUUAACGUCUCACUGAACCUUUUAGGCAAACGUUUCUGAAAGGAAUCCGACCUCCGUCACUUCUGCUCCUCAGACACGUUCAGUCCUUCAUCACCCACCAUUCAAACCUCACCCUGUUUGUCUGCAGCUCGCUCACAAUCACUCAGCUUCGUUUGUAGCACACUUAAAUGUGGAGAAUGGAGCUUGUGGAUGUCAGAGUGGUUCAGUGGCUCAGGGUUUCAUGCUGAAGCUGUUAGUGAGCACUGAAGAACUGGUAGAAGUAGAAAUGAUCAGUUAUUUCAGUGUGAAGGUGGAAAGACGCCUCCGAGAUAAGCUUCCGUCUGCCGACGGCUCGUUGGGGCCGGAGGAACGGAUGAACUGCUGCCGUUUGUCUCCUUCAGCCCGGUUUCACCCAUGUGCAGCGCCUCUGCUGGUCCACAUUCAGCUGCUCGACUUGGAACCGUGCAGCGGGGCCUCGGCCUCGCGGCUCCGCGUCCGACCGGCCUGAAUCUGUUGUGGCCUUUUCACGCGGGGCCAAACGGCCUCCUGCUCGUUAGAGCUCACACUGCCGUUAGCGGCACCAGCCUAACGGGUCGGUCUGUGCGCGGUGCUGAUGGGUGUGGGAGGAUAACGCGGGGCAGCUCCAUCCAUCACAGCGCUGGGUGGAGGACACGGCUGCAGCGGGAUCAUCCAGAGAAAUGAUUUAAUUGGAUGCAUUAAUAAUUGAACUAAUUAGCUCCCAUGUGUCGCCCAAAUGAAGAGGGAACGCGAGCUUCACUUGCACCUCAUCAGCUGAUUAAUUAGUCUGUUGAUCGUUAGCUGUCUUAACGGCCUAUGUGCCUCAGAUGAGAGGGUGAAUAAUGAGGGAAGAGUCAGUCGAUGGUGCUGGUUAAUUAGUGUGACCUGAUCCAGGGGCCAUGUUGGAACAGUUGUUUAUGCCGCGGCGUCUAAUGAGCAGGAUUUAGGGCUGGAUGAUGUGUUUGGGAGCUGCAGCGUUGUUUAUGGAGCUGAGUCCAGAAAUCUGUGUCUGCUCCCACUGAAUCCUCAUGACUGUUCAAUUUGCUACAUGAGCUGCAAGGAUAUUUAGAUUCUAUGUGGUGUUGGUGAAAGGCGUCGCAGUCGGAACCAUCUCCAUGUGGUGCCACAGAGUUCAGAGCCAUGAAACAGCAGCAUUUGUUCACCAACAAACUACUAACUAACAACCACAACCAACAACUGACCAACAACCAACUACUAACUAACAACCACAACCAACAACUGACCAACAACCAACUACUAACUAACAACCAACAGACAACUAACCGAGUUUGUGUAUAUUCGAUUGAUCUAUAGUUAUUUAUACAUUUAUAAUUGUUUAUACCUUUAUUUUUAGGAUGUUUGUUUUGUGUUUUAAUUAACUUUGCUGUUGAGAAGUGCUGCACAAACAAACCACCACCACCACGUGUUCUAAUGUUUCUCACCCUGUUUUUAUUGAUGCAGGCCAAUAAUUAAAUAU